ACAAUGAAUAAGUACUUGUUAUGUGUUGUCGGAUUUGUGGUGCUAUUGAGCAUUGCUGGAGCUAAUGGAGCAGGUGAAUGCGGGAGAAAUUCUCCGGAUAUGGAAGCUAUGAAGUUGAUUCCAUGUGCAGAAGCAGCAUCGGAUGAGAAUGCAUCUGUUUCCAGGAGCUGUUGUUUACAGAUACAAAAAUUGGGGAAAAAACCGAAAUGUCUUUGUGCUGUUAUGCUCUCAAAUACUGCUAAGCUCUCUGGAGCUAAUCCUGAAGUUGCAAUAACUAUCCCUAAGCGUUGCAACCUUGCUAAUCGUCCUGUUGGCUUCAAAUGUGGACCUUACACACUACCUUGA